AUGUCAGAUCCUACGAGUGACGCGAUGAACAGGCCGGACUUCUAUACCAGAGCCACGUCCUCGUCAAACGUCAAGCCGGGCAAACCAGGAAAGCCAUGGUCUUCAACAAUGAACGAACAAACAUUCGUUCCAGUGUCAAUGCGAGCACUCUACUACUCCGUGGUACCGGAGGCCACACCAGACGAUAGCAGCGGAGACACCACUGCGUCAAUCAUAAGCCCCAAAACCAAAGCUUCAAACCCGGAGCCGAUAGCAAACCUGAUACUGGAUACCGAAUUCCCAACCCCGCAGCCGUCACCGCAGCAAUACCUCCUGAAAGUUCAGACGGCAGCAUUCUGCCAGGACGAGCUUCGCCUAGCUAACGCCCUCAACCCACGCACCACAUCGCCGAAGAUUCCACUUCACAGCAUCUGCGGGACAGUAAUCACUACGCCAACAGCAGAUCACGAACGUCCUGAAGGCCCGCGAUUCAAAAUAGGCGAUCAGGUCUUCGGUGUAAUUAGUUACACCCGCGAUGGCGGCGCAGCAGACUACGUUAUCGCCAUCGAGGACGAGUUGACCCUAAAACCUAGCAACAUCUGCACCGGCGAAGCAGCAGCACUGGCUCUGCCUGCUCUCACUGCAUGGCAGGCGCUUUUCCGAUAUGGUGGUGUAGACCCCGAUGCACCUCCUCAAAUCAACGGAUCUGAGGAGAACAGCAACGGUAAUGGCAACACCCAUGAAAAGAAACCAGAAGCUUGGCUUUUAGAUGAAAUUGGCAACGGCAACAUCAACGUCAACGUCAACGUCAACAACAAUGCCAAUGGACGAAACGCCUUCCGACACUCGAUAGGCAGUAUCAAGAACCACCUGAACAAACGAGGCUUUUCAAAUUCAAGCGGCAGCAGCAAGCCCCGGCGACAAAGCAACUCAAUCAGCCAUUUCAACGCCCAGACCCAAGAGCGCCUGAACGGAAAUCGCAACGGAAAGGGCAGUGCGAGUAUAGCCAAUGGAGUCCCCGAACAGCGCUUCGACGAAGAACACGCCGGGAAUCCUCGACUGAACGCACUCCUCCCAAAAAGCAAAGUCGAACCUCUGCGCGUGCUCAUCACCAACGCCCGCGACAGCGAAGUAGGUCGCCUCGCCGUGCAAAUGCUACGAGCAAAGAAGCUUUUCACCACCGUGCGGCCGUGGGUCUGCGUCACCUGCUCGCCGGCAGAAGAACGCAUUGUGCGAGGGAGCUGGGAUGUGGACGGGGUAAUCGUGAUCCCGCACUUACCAGCCGAGAACGAAUGUGCCAUUGGAGCUGAAUUCCGGCGUAUGAGGUGGGAUCCCGUUCAUCUGGUGCUGGACUGUACAGGUGGCGAGGUGUUUCGGCAAGCCCAUUUCGUUGCUAAGGACUACGGGGUUGUCCUUACGGCUGUUGAUCCGCGGCCGGCGCUUGUGCCUGAGAAGGCGGAUGAGCAGGAUGUGCUUGGGAGAAGAAAGAGGGGACUUCGAAGUAGGUUUGUCCCUGUGAAUCCUGAUUCCAAGGCGUUGGAGAGGAUUGUUGAGUUGGUUGAGGAGCACAUGGUUCGUGGGAGAGAGGAGCAGGUUGUUGACUUGGUUAGCGCGGGUAAGUUGCUUGAGGCUGGUGCUGCAGGUCUUGCUGGUAGCCGACGGGGUGGGAUGAUUGUUGUGAGGGUUAACCCGUGA